CUUCCUGUCUCAGCUCUGGACCGCUUCUUUCUUACGGUAAAACAUGAAACUAACGGGGAAAUAAGAAGAUCUGUGGCCGAACAUGAGCUCCUUUUCCCGGGGGAAGGAUUAAAAGUUGAAGGGAGGAUAUGGAGCGGACGGUGGCGGAAAGUUUUCAGAGUUUGAGGAGUUUUUCUUCUGCAGAGAGCCUUCAGACCCGCAGCAGACCAAAGAAAACCCAGGAAAGAGGACAGCAGACCGUCCCCGAGUGACCUCUGCAUCAGGAGCCUGUUGAACCUUCAGGGAGACCAGAACCAGGAGUUUUUCCACACCAGACCUGUCCAGUUAGACCAGACUACCUUUUAUCAGACCACCUUAAAGUGUCCCAAUGGAGACUUGGAUAAGCUCAGCACGGAUCGUUUCGUCUACCUAAAACAAGUUCAUCGUCGGCAUCACCAAAACUGGCCCAGAACCAGGAUUGACUCUACGAAAUGCUGCAGGAUCUGAACAUGACCAGACCCUGACGCCCCCUACUGGCAGAGUGUAGUGUGAGCAGCCACACAGAUGUUUCGGAAAAAAGCGUCUUCCUCGUUGAGAAUGAGAAGAAUAACAGAAAACUCUAGAUGGAGUAUCAACCGUGGCCGAAGUCUGUCCUUCCAUGAGGUGCAGAGUCAGCGGGAGGCAGAGAUGAGGGCCGCGGCCGAGGAGUCCUCUACCAGCAGCAGCAGUGUCGGAGGUGGAGGAGGCGGUAGCAGCAACGUCCUGCAGCGCCUCCUGCAGGAGCAGAUGAACCGUAACUAUGUGCUGCAGCAGCAACAACAGCAGGUUGGAGGGGGGGCUGGAGCUGGACAGAUGGGCCUCCCCGAUGACCACUCUUCCACUCCCCACAUCGCUCGGCAGGAACCCCAGGGACAGGAGCUGCAGACGGAUAGUGGUGUGGAGAAGCUGGUUUCCACCAGAGGAGGAGGUGGGAGCGGUGGAGGGGGAGGAGCUUUAGCAACAGCAGGAGGAGGUGGCAGCGGAGGAGGGGGAGGCAUUCAGGGCCAAUGUACAAACCCAGAAGACCUCCCUACGUAUGAGGAGGCCAAAGUCCAGUCUCAGUAUUUCCGUGGUCAUGGUCCUCCUCCUCCGCAGCCUGCACAGCAGACCAGCCCGCCCCAGCAGCCCCCCCUCCCCACCUCUGUGGGAGCUGCCUUUUACGUCACCGGGGUGACCAACGCCAAGGUGCGCACCGAGGGCCGGCCGACAGUACAGCGUGUUAGCGGAGCAGGGAAGGUGCACCAGGACGACGGCCUCAAGGAUCUGAAGCAGGGACACGUUCGCUCUCUCAGUGAACGCCUGAUGCAGCUCUCCCUCGCCACAAGUGGUGUCAAAGCUCACGCCCCAGUUACAAGCGCUCCACUCUCCCCAAUGCUGCCCCCACCAGGGCCACCCGGGGACUACUACAAACCUCAGCAUCGUGGCCCCCCUCCAGACUACCCCUUCAAAGGAAUGAGCUCUCCCUCCAAACAGCAGGAUUCUGGAGGCCAUUUCUACCAGGAGCAGAGAGCCAGGGAACACUCCAGGGAGGUGCCUCAUGUCAGAUACCAGCCCCCACCUGAGUACGGCUCCUUCAGGUCUAGUAAGGAAGGUUCCCUGCACUUUCAGAGGACCCUCCACCAACACAGCCCCACCUCCUCCGUCACCUCUGUGGGCUCCUUGUCCCGUACUCAGUCCUCCACCCUCAGCAGCAUGCUCAGUGCCUCCCACUCCUCCCACCCUUCCUUCCCUCACCUGCAGCCUCAUAACCAGGGGGAGCCCUUCCCCCCCAUGGGGCCUCGCGGUCCACAGGCUCCAGGCCAGCAUCCUGUGGGUGAGAGCUUCACCCUGGGGUCCAUUCACCCAACACCGCCCAGAGGUCACGCUUUAGCCAACGACCCGUACGGCUCCACCCCCAGGAUGCACCAUCAUCACCAGCAGCAGCAACAGCAGCAGCAGUUCACAGGAAACCCUCCUCCUCUGCUCCAGCCCCCAGUCCAGGCCACACCUUUCCCCCAUCCACACUCCUACUCUCAGCUGCAGGGGGAGUCCUUCGCUAUGAUGGCCCAGGCUCAUCAGAUGGUGGAUGUGCUGACGGAGGAGAACAGGAUGCUGAGACAGGAGAUGGAGGCCUGCCGAGACAAAGUCACCAAGCUGCACAAGCUAGAGACUGAGAUCCAGCUGGUUUCAGAGGCCUAUGAAAACCUGGCCAAGUCCUCGUCCAAAAGGGAGGCGCUGGAGAAAACGAUGCGGAAUAAACUGGAGCUGGAGGUGCGCCGGCUGCAUGACUUCAACAGGGACCUCCGUGAACGCAUGGAGACAGCCAAUAAACAGCUGGCUGCUAAAGAGUGUGAUGGCUCAGAGGACAACCGUAAAACCAUCUCCCAGCUGCUGACACAGAUUAAGGAGACUCAGCGUGAGAAGGAGAAGCUGGAGAUUGAAUUGAACGCCCUGCGCUCCACAACAGAGGACCAGAGGAGACACAUUGAGAUCAGAGACCAGGCACUCAACAAUGCUCAGGCCAAAGUAGUCAAACUAGAGGAGGAGCUCAAAAAGAAGCAGGUGUAUGUGGAGAAGGUGGAGAGGAUGCAGCAGGCUCUCGCUCAGCUGCAGGCGGCGUGUGAAAAGAGAGAACAGCUAGAACAUCGCCUACGUACCAGACUGGAAAGAGAGUUGGAGUCUCUGCGCAUGCAGCAGCGUCAGGGCGGCUCCCAGGCCAGCGGUGCAGUCCCCUCUGAGUAUAACACCACAGCCCUGAUGGAGCACCUGAGGGAGAAGGAGGAGCGUAUCCUGGCUCUGGAGGCGGAUAUGACCAAGUGGGAGCAGAAGUACCUGGAGGAGAGUGUGAUGAGGCAGUUUGCCCUGGACGCUGCUGCCUCUGUGGCCACGCAGAGAGAUCGCUCCGCUAGCGCUAUCACUCACUCUCCCAGCAGCAGCUACGACACUUCGGUGGAGGCUCGAAUUCAGAAAGAAGAAGAGGAAAUCCUGAUGGCAAACCGGCGCUGUCUUGACAUGGAGAGCAGGAUUAAGAAUCUCCACGCGCAGAUCAUAGAAAAGGAUGCCAUGAUCAAGGUUCUCCACCAGCGCUCCAGGAAGGAGAACAUCAAGUCAGAUGUGCCAUCCGCUAUGAGGCCAUCCAAGUCCCUGAUGUCGAUCUCCAACACAGGCUCAGGGGGUUCAGGUCUGCUCUCUCACAGUCUGGGACUCAGCAGCUCCCCCAUUACAGAGGAGCGCAAGGACUCAAGUUGGAAGGGCAGUCUGGGGGUUCUUCUUGGUCCAGAGUUCCGUACGGAAUCUCUCAGGACAGAGUCUAUUUCCUCGUCCCCCUCCCCAGUGCUCCCCUCCACCCCGAUGACGGCGGGACACUCAAAGACGGGCAGCAGGGACAGCUGCACGCAGACCGAGAAGGGCCAAGGGCAGGAGAGCAGUAAAGCCAGCACCCCAGCCCUACAGAGCAUGACCCUGCCAGCACGCCUGUCCAGCCCUAGUCCAGUCUACAUUCCAGACCGCCUUGUAGACGUUCCAGUGUUUCACAGCAGCACCCUGGAGAGGAGGCUCCCUGUGCAGUCCCACCCACAGCCCCAAGCCCCACCUCCAGCCCCCACCACCCAACAGGAUGUGGACAAUGACAUGGUUGAGAUCCUCAUCUAAGCCAUGAACAGCCCCAAACUCUCACCCUAACCCUAACCCUGACCCUGUGGAUGGAUGGAUGGAUGGAUGAUGGAUGAUGGAUGGAUGGAUGGAUGGAUGGAUGAUGGAUGGAUGAUGGAUGGAUGGA